CCCAUCGUCCUCUCGCCAUUAGUAUCAGAGAACUUGUGAAUCACCAGUCCUUGGUUGCUCAUAUAAAUUGGGUGGGGUUUCAGUGGAACCUCAAAGUCUUUCAGGAUUCACAAUCAGUCGUUUCAUUUGGAUUUUCAUUUAGAAAAUGUCGAAAUUUUUUAUCCUUUUCGUGGUCGCAGCGGUCGCAGUGUCGUGCAUUAAGGCUGAUGAAGAGCCGAACAACCCCCCGAAUUUCCCCAACAAUGGACUAUUGAAUCCAUUCAAUUUUGGUAACGGAUUUGGUCAGCCCUUUGCACCUUUGGCCAUGCUAAACCCGGACUACAUCAAGAACAUGAAACCCGGCCCAGGCCAGGUGGUAUCAGGGGCUUCGGUCAGCUCCUCGUCUUCCUCGGAGACCGUCAACGGGGUCACCAAGAGGAAGAGCUUUGGCCGCGUGGUCACCAAUGACGACGGAAAAGUCACUGACGUCUCUUUCUAAAUGAUGAUGAUUAAAAGCGAAAUGUAUUGGGAUCUAUAAUUAAAUGGUGUAUCAGAGAAGCA